UUAGGUUGCCUACCUCGUCAUCUUGUUGUCGACCUUUAACUUUGAGCCCACGUAUACUCCGCUAGAGCGUUAGGUAGCACAGUUGUCGUGAUUUGUAUCACCAUAUAAAGCGACAUCUCGGCCACGUAGCUGACGUCGCACCUGAAGUAGCCCUUGAUAUUCAGUCCCGAGAUUCGAGAUUCGACCGCUCUGUUGAUCACACUCGUCCGAAGUGAAAAUGCUCUACAUCACUUCAGCUGUUUUCCUUGCCUUUGUGGUCCUCGUGGGAAGCAUAACCCCAUCAACAAUUUCCCCCAUCGGCGCGAGACUGAUACCUGUCCAGGAAAGCCAUCCUGAUAGCACUAUGCACAUGUGGCGUCCAUACACAGUGUACUUUGUCGGUGAUAGGCACUUCGACUCCCUCCAACGAGUUGUACCGAGAUCCGAAAAUAUUACGGAAUUUUACCUCUAUGCGCAGUCAUAUCUAAACAUGGUUGUGUAUAACUUCUGGGAAAGGCACGGUGGCUGUGCAGUCAAAAUGAAGGUCCUAGGAACACGUGUCCUUACCAUUCUAGAAGAAGAAUCUCAUCUGCCAAAAUGUCUGGAAGACGGGGAGAUACUUAUUGAUUUGCAAAAUGUUACAUUGAAGGAAUUUUUAGCCCGGAAUCCCGAAGUGAACGCAGCCGACAUAGUGGUUUUUCUGACUGGGUACAGGUCAAAAACCCUGGCAUUCUGGGAUGAAUCGUUUGUGUACUCCCCAGAUGGCUCUAGGAUAUGUACUCAGGACAAAUACAUUCUGCUCACUGAUCAACCCUUUAGUUACGCUGGACAGGAGGACCUCUUUAGGAAGCUGAGAAGCAAGAUGGGAGUUGCAGAAGACAGGCCUUCCUGGAACAUUUGCUAUCGCAUUCGGAACGCAUACAGACAAUCUCUUUCCGGCAAUGAGGAUUCAGACGGAGAGCCCAUCCUUUGUUACAACACAAUAGACACAUGUUGCCUGCCACAUUUUUACGGAAUUUACAACCUACGCAGAGAACCUCUUUGCAAGCGUUACAACACUCGAGAGGUAGCUAUCGAUUUCACUGACAGACCUGAUGCUGGUCCAGGGUUCAUGUGUAUGUUCUCAUGCGUGUUUCAAGGUGGCCAUAAUCUCGCUGUAGCGCCCGUAGGAACGGUGGUCAGAGCAACGUCCGAGUAUUGGUCUCGAUCUCUACUUUGCCCUUCAGACGAGGAUGAGAUCUGCAAUGCAGACGGGCUUCGUCAGUAUCACCGCCUCUACAAGGAUUUCAAAAGGGCAGUUCUCUACGCGUGGGAAUUGGACGACUACGAAGUUCCAGAAACAGACACUUCCUUCUGCAUGCAAUAGGGAACCGUUUUCCCAGAAGUCCGAAUAAAGGUCUGCACAUGACACAGAAAACAGGAAA